ACUUCCAUCAAUUCCCCGAUAUUGUGUUACAAAGAGAUUAUUAACACUUAAUAAUACUGAAAAGCCUCCGCAUUUUAAGUAAUGUCUUUGAUACAAGACAAAAGAAACACAAACGUUACAUAGUCAAUCAAUAUCAGAUUUCUAUAAUUUUGUGAUCAUUAAGUAACUAUACUUAUUUAUUUAUUAAUUUGAUUCUUAAAAUACUUGAUAAAAAUGAAAGAAAUAUAAGAGUACAGUAGUUAAUUAUAGGAAAGCUUACAAGUUUUAUUAAGACUGUACAUAGAUUGAUGAAAUAUGUAACGCGUUAAGCGGACAACUAUAAAAAAAAAAGUAUAAAGAGAGGGGAUGAAGACUAACGAUGAUGAUGAGGGGACAGCGCCUCAAUGACUGGACUUGUAGAUAAGACGAGAGACAGGCGGAUGAUGAUAUUUGAACGGAUUUCGAGAGGAGGCUGAGGAAUGGAAAAGAAAAGGAAAGAAGGAUGGAAGGAAGCCGCUUUAGAAAUUACUGUAGAGAGGGCCCGGGGGACACCUAGGGGUAGUGACCAGUGGCGCUAUGGUGACUCCCGUGGUGGUUAUGGGGACUCGAGGCGAUCUGCCCGAGACGAUAUGCGGCACGACAGAGAUAGUGUGAACAGAAACACGAGGACUGCAUCUAGCUACAAGCAAUCAUUGCCCAGAUACGGACCACCAACACGCACCGAGUAUCGCCUUAUCGUGGAAAAUCUGUCGAGUCGUGUCAGCUGGCAGGAUUUGAAGGAUUAUAUGAGACAUGCUGGAGAAGUGACAUAUGCAGAUGCACACAAACAACGCAGGAACGAAGGAGUUGUAGAAUUCGCAACCUACUCUGACUUGAAGAACGCCAUUGACAAAUUGGACGACACAGAACUAAAUGGAAGAAGAAUCAGACUAAUCGAAGACAAAAGACGUGGUCGUCGCUCAAGGACAUCGAGUUCGAGAUCAAGGUCACGGUCACGAUCUCGAUCUCGCCGUCGAUCACGCUCCCGCUCAAGGAGUCGCCGCAGCUCUCGCAGCCGAAGUCGUCGUAGCAGCCGUUCUAAAUCAAGGGCACACUCUAAAUCUAAAUCAAAAUCUAAAUCCAAAUCCCCUGAACGUAGCCGUUCCCGUUCCAAAUCCAAAUCAAGAGACCGCUCAAAGUCGAAAUCUAAGUCAAAGUCCAAAUCCAGAUCUCGUUCUAGGUCCAAGGCUGAGAGGUCAAAGUCCAGGUCGCAGUCCAAAUCCAAAGCCAAGUCUCCCUCAAAUUCUUCUUCCAGAGAUAGAUCUAGUCGCGAAAGAUCGAGGGGAGACAGAUCGAGGUCCCGAUCAGGAAGCAAACAUAGUAAAAGCCGUAGCCGUUCUCGUUCACCAAUGAACGGGGACAAAUCGCCAGAAAGUAAUAAACAGAAAGUUGAUUAAGCAAACGAACAAAUAAGAAAAAAGGACUACGGAGUGAAGUUGACAGAAGAGGAGGAAGAAUGGAAGAAGAAGAAGAAAGGAGUUUUCUUUUUUUUUACAAGUUAAAUACAUUCAAGAAGCCAAUUUCAUCAUGCCUUUGUUAUAAAAUCUCGAUUUUUUUGUGACAUUGUAAUUAACAUGUACAUCGUCUUAAGAAUAAGCAAAAUUUGUAAAUCCUAAUGGAUACAUAAAUCGAAAAAAAAAUGUAAUUAAUUAUCGGCUUAAGUAUAACAAUUGUACAUGGUUACAUACUUAACUAAACCAAUUUGCACAUUGGUUUCAUUUUUUAAUUUUAAUUGUACAUGUCAUUUUUGAACACCACAUCGCAUUUAGGAAAAUAAGACGUCUUCAUAAGUACCUUCAACGGACUCUACACGUUUUUCGAUGUAACGCCGUGAAAUAUCAAGGAAUUCCCUGUAAUGGCUUUUUGUAUAUAUUCCUAACAUUCACGUUACAAAAUAAGGAAGUAUGUGAUGUGUAUUAAAUUAGCGGUAAGAGGUAUCUUAUUAUCAAUAAAAAAUACAUGCCAAGCCUA